AUGUCUAUACUUGAAUCAAUGAAAAUACCACGUAAAAAAAAUGUGCAUUCUGCUAAAAGAACCCUUGUUCGAGGAGUAAAGAAUGUAAAGGAGUUUCUUCGAGAUGAACUUAGUUGUUUUGACCAACUUAGAAUGGACAACCAUACAUUUCACACAUUAUGUCGGUUGCUUCGCGACCAUGGUGGCUUAAAAGAAUCAAGAAAUAUGUUUGUGGAAGAGAGAGUUGCAAUUUUUUUGAAUAUAUUAGGUCAUGAUUUAAAACAAAGGUUGAUCGUAAGACGUUUAAGAAGGUCAAAAGAAACUAUUACCAGAAACUUUCGUAAAGUGUUGAGAUGUGUUUUGAGAUUGCACAAAAUCUUAAUAAAGACUCCAGAGCCUAUCCAGGAUGAUUGCACGGAUGAGAGAUGGAAGUGGUUUAAGAACUGCAUAGGGGCUUUAGAUGGAACAUACAUCAAAUUGAGGGUUCCAGAUAUUGACAAACCUAGAUAUAGAACAAGGAAAGGGGAUAUAGCAACAAAUGUUUUAGCUGCUUGUUCCAUUGAUAUGCAAUUUACUUACUUUUUACCUGGGUGGGAAGGAAAUUAUUAUUUGGUUGAUGCUGGGUAUACGAAUGGGGAAGGCUUUCUUGCCCCAUAUAGGGGUCAAAGGUAUCAUCUUAAGGAAUGGAGGGAGGGCUACCAACCAGCUACUCCAGAGGAGUAUUUCAACAUGAAACACUCGGGUGCUAGAAAUGUAAUCGAGAGGUGUUUUGGGUUGCUUAAGAUGCGGUGGGCAAUACUUAGAAAUUGUAGCUUUUAUGGUAUUGACACGCAUGCGGAUAUUAUAAGUGCAUGUUGUCUUCUCCAUAAUCUUAUUCGUAGAGAAAUGAUAUUUGAUCCAUUUGAACCUUUAUUGGAUACCGAUUUUGGAAGACAAUUCAUGGAUGACGAUGAUGAUGAUGAUUACAUCAAUAUUCUUGAAACGUCUAAUGCGUGGACUGUUUGGAGAGAUAACCUUGCUCGCCAAAUGUUUGACAAUUGGCAGCUUCAUAGGGUUAGGGUAUAA